AACUUUUUAAUUGCGUUCACUGCCACAUACCAAACCUCACUAUCUACUAGUAUAAAUGCAGCUCUAUCUUUCCAUUCCCCUCUCACAAAAGCUCGUGAUCUCUUAAUAGCUGAGAAAAUACUCUUAUAGUAGUAUAUACAUACAUAGUAUCUGGUAUUCUCGGACCUUCGGUUCCUAGGCUUAACAAAUGGCCAAUUUGAAGUGCUUAGCAGUUCUUGGUCUCCUCGUUGCAUCUUUUGCUGUGAGUGAAAGCCGGGUCGCUAGACAAGACUUGGGCUUGGACCUUGGAGGCUUAGGGAUUGGUUUGGGUGUUGGAGUGGGUAUUGGGCUGGGAGGUGGUGGAUCAGGUUCUGGUUCUGGUGCUGGAGCAGGUUCGGGUUCGGGUUCGGGUUCGAGACCUGGGUCUAGCUCAAGUUCCAGUUCAUCCUCUUCUUCGUCAAGCUCUAGUUCUGGGUCCGGAGGCGGUUCUGGUGCCGGGUCAGAAGCUGGUUCGUCUGCUGGUUCUAGGGCCGGGUCAGAAGCCGGUUCGUCUGCUGGUUCUGGUGCUGGGUCAGGAGCCGGUUCAUCUGCUGGUUCUAGGGCCGGGUCCAAGUCAGGAAACGGGAAUGGUAAAUAAGUGAAAAGGACCUCUUUUUUCGUUGAAAGAAAAAAUCAGUACUAUGACUACCAAUAAGCAUUCACCACAAGGUUGUGAACGUUUGUGUCUUGCUCCUGUGUUAUAAGUGCGCACUGUAAUAUUGUAAUUUGUACCUUAUUUACCUUCUAUGCGUCCAUUGAAGAAGGCUUAGAACCUUCCUAGUGUUUA